AUGGUUGUCGUGGUCGAUACGCUGGACGAAGAUAGCAAUGAAGAUGAAGAGGAAGACGAUGAAGGUGCCUGCCCCGAUGCCGACGAUGACGCCGAGUCGAUCGAUGACAGGCUCGUGCUCGAAAAGCUGCUCGAGCUCACGAUGGAUGGUGGAGACCGGCUUGUUGACCAGUCGAUGUGCUGCGGGCAGCCUAUGUCAAAAGGCCCCCGGGAGGGUCGCAAAGUUGAUUUGUACUUACCCAUCUUUGUUCAGGGACGGUCCACUCUACGUGGUGCCAGGCAGGUACCGAUUCGGCGGCAGUGCGGCGUUGAUGACACGGCGCUAAAUCGAGGGUCUAGUCCUACGGGCCGAAAGACGGGCGUUAUGCAAGCUCUUGGCAAAGACUAUCGGAGGGAGAUAAGCGAGCUACAGAGCAAGCGGAAAGUUGACACCAAGAGCACGAGCAGCAGCGGCGUCUCUCUACCAUUUUGUGACUUGAGUGGAGGCAUCCGUUCCGUGCAAAUUGGCGGCGUCGACGAGAACGAAAUUCCAGUCGAUAGUCGGAGUAUCGAUCGUUCUCAGAAGCGAACCAGAUACUGUCUACAACAGCCCGGACCGGAUGUUUAUCACGGCCCUGUUCCAAGUCUUAUGGCCAUCGCUCGUCUCUACAGAUCCACCGGCGGGCUUCGCCAUCGGCUAUCACGACCUCGCUUCGAGCACCUUGAAAAUGUAGGAGUUCCGUCGACGUCUGUAUCGCGCGCAAGAGAUUACUAA